AUGAAGAUCAAACAGGCCGAUAACAGGAAACAAAGGAGCUGCAUGUCGAUUUUGUCGGAAACUUUCAGAGAUUUCGCUGAGAAUACAAGCAUACACGGCCUAAAGUAUACUGUAAGGAGCGACACCAAUCCUUAUGAAAAGAUGUUUUGGCUGCUGAUAGUUUUGAGCGGAGUAUGCGGCGCCAUUUACAUGACAAUACUGUUCUGGGAGCGAUACACUAGCAAUCCGACGCGCACUACGAUAUUAACAACGUUCGCUCCGACCGUCAUCAUACCGUUCCCGGCCGUUACCGUUUGCAAUAUCAAUCGCAUUAUGGUCGACAAAGUCGACAGCUUCGUAGACGAACUACAUUUAAAAGGCGAUGAAGCCGAGCUGGCCAAAAGAGCCCUACCACAACUAUUGGCAUUCACUCAUCCAACAUUUACAAAAUUCAACGUUACGGAAUUGCAAACACUACAAGCAAUUUUGGAAAAUAAUGAAAUAACAGACAUAAACUACAUUAUGAAGAGAAUUACGCAAUCUUGCCCCGAAAUGUUGGUCAAGUGCGUUUGGAGCUACAAGGAAGAAGAAUGUAUGGAGUUGUUCAGAGAAACGUUGACUGUUAAUGGGCACUGUUGUUCCUUUAACUACAUUGAAAAAUUUGAGUCAGAAAUGGUUCACACACCCUAUCAUGGUCCUUCAUCAGGAUUAUACCUAAUUUUGGAUACAAUGACACAAUCUGUUCAGCAUACCCCACUUUAUUCCAAAGGAAUGCAGGUUAUGAAAUAG